AUGGGGGUACAGCCGCGGGGAGCCUGCUGUGUCCUGGCAGUGGUACCACCAAAGGUGGCCAAAAUCCCCUCGAGACAGCAAGGGAGGCGGCCCGGCCCUUCUCGAUUCAACAGACCGUGGCCCCAGACUCGCUUUUCCAGCCCGGUGCCGCCCGGAUCCGGUAAAGCGAGGGGCAGGAGGUGGCUGCUCUCGGCGGCAGCGCGCUGGAAACCUUAUUUCAAGCCUCAGGUGAUCAGCCCCUCCGGAGAGUCGACAGAUGCUGUAGUCAUCCUGGAAAAGACUCCUUUCCAGGAGGAGAAGGUAUCAGAACUGCUGAAGAAACACACGAAGUUGGAGCUGCAGAUGCGCAACGACAUUUACAGCACAUACCACCUCUAUCCUCCCCCGGAGCUGAGUGAGAUAAAAACCACAGUGGUGUACCCUGCCACGGAGAAACACCUUCAGAAAUACCUCCGUCAAGAAGUGCACCUUAUCCGCGAAACCUGGGAGGAUUACAAGAACAUAACGCUGCCCUUCAUCCAAUCCCAGAGCUUCAGCAUCCAGUGGGUGUAUAAUAUCCUGGAGAAGAAAGCUGAGGCUGAUCGAAUCAUCUAUGAAAACCCAGAUCCUUCCAAUGGCUUUGUUCUAGUUCCAGAUUUUAAGUGGAAUCAAAACCAGGUUUGUUUGCUCCUCUUACCUUUGAAGGGAAGCUGCUUGUCUGAAGGUAACCCAGAGGAAAUGUCCACUUCUGUGCUAAUAGCACAUGCAAUAAAGCUACUAGGGGAACCUGAGAGACCAAAGGGUCUAAAUAUCCUUCAAGCAAAUCCCAGCUCCCCCCCGCUGAGCUGCGACCCCAAUAAUUAUCUUAGGUUUGUCUAUGAGCCGGUGGAGGCCGUAACGAAGCGCUUUGGCGUGCCUGGAUCCCAGCUACGAAUCUACCUGCAUUACCAACCCUCCUACUACCACCUGCACGUGCAUUUCACUGCCCUGGGUUACGAUGCCCCGGGCAGCUCGGUGGAGAGAGCUCAUCUCCUGGCAGACGUGAUCGACAACCUGGCCAUGGACUCCAUGUACUACCAGAAACGGGCUUUGACCUUUGCCCUCCGGGCUGAUGAACUUCUGCUGAAGAAAUUCCAGGAGGCAGGAAGAGUGUGAGCUGGCAGAGGUGCUUUUUGUAUCUUUUUAUUCUUAAUAAAUGCCCGUUUUCAGGGUUUUUAUUUUUUGUAACUGUUUUUUU